AUGCUUUUUAGCACGGCUUCGUCGAGGUCGGAGAGAUGUCGGUGCCCUUCUUUCAGCAUUCCCCAUAUUCCAUACGGUUGCAUCAAGAACCCUACCAUUUUCAGUUUAGAUGCAAGGAGAGAGUUAUCAAAUUCCUUCAGAAAACGAGGACAAGAAGAAGGAAACCAGAGAAAAAGCCGUAAAAGUUUAAAACCCUUGUUGUCUCUUCCUCUUUCUAUUCUGCUUUUAGCACUUGAAGAAGCCAUAAAUGUCUUCUACCACUAUAUAUAUGAAGGCAGUGUUGACAUAGACUCUGUGGCUGAUCCUGCAACUAUUCUGUCAUCUUGGUCUGAGUCACUGGCUUAUACACUUAUAUUUCUCAUCAAGGGAAGGUUACCAUGGCAAGGGUAUAGGGUUGAAAAGGGAGCUUGCCAUGAUUCGAAUCAAUUCAGGAAUGUAUUGAAGAAGAUGAUGAAUCAGCGAGAGAACCUUAGCUCUGAUACCAUAUGA